AUGGAAACAUAUACAAAACCUGUCUCGAGGAUGGAGCAGAGGAGCUUACGGCUUACUGUGUGACGAGAUGGAUGAGAACUGCAAAUCGUCGGUCGAGAUGACCUCGUUCAUCGCUCUAUAAAGAUCGAGACGAGUAUUUCAAUCUCGUUCAUCGACUAGACGCGGUGUGAAGGUUACUUCUUCGACCCAGCAAUUCAGCUCAUCAUGAAGGCUUAAGCCAAUGGGGUCAUCUCGAAAUGACUGCUGGGAUUUAUCAUCCUUUUCCGUGAACCUCGAGGGAACGACCAGUGGACGAAGUGCAACCUCGAUGUUUGCGGACCAGAUCAGUAUGAGGAGAGUGAGUGCAAACUUCACGGAGGGCAUGCAGCAGUUUGCCAUACUCUGUGCCGCCGAAGCUCUGAAUCGAUACCACGUGGAAGGGGAUGUGGUGUCCUACAUCGAGGAGGCCUACAACGACGCCUAUCACGGGUCGGGGUGGCGAUGCAUGGUGGGUCACAGCUUGGGAUCCCUUGUGACCCAUGCAGACUUGGCCUACUUCAUGUCUUUCUACAUUAAUUCUAUUCCUGUGGUCUUGUACAGAGCCUAAAUGGAACAAACCAAUUGCAAACUUGCAAGUACAUAUCCAUUGUGCAUUUCUCAAACGAGUGAGAUUCCUCGUGCACAUGUGUUGGAAAUCGGAUCAUGAUACAUACUUGGCCAAAUUUAGGUGUAUAAUGCACCACACAUAUGGGAUGAUUCCCCCUUAAAAAAAUACUGAGAAAAU